AUGUUGGAGAGUAGUAACUGCAAGCUGGUUGUGAUUACUUUCGGCACCGUAGUAAAGGGACUCUGCAUGAAAGUGGCGAAACUACGUGAGAGCGAGGAGUGGAGCUCUGGUUUAGCCCCUUCGAACCGGAGAGGAGAUCUUGGAGGAGGAGACGAGGUGGGGUCGGCGAGAAGAGGUUGGAAAAGAAGACGAGAGUGGGGUUGUACGACGACAGAGGUUGGAGGAGGUGAGAGUUGGUCAGCCAUGUCUGGUGGGGUUUAUGGGAGGAAGAAAAUUGUUGUUUGGUUAUCAGGCAAGAAUUAUCCGUUUGGUUAUCAGGAUAACAAGAAUUUGGGUGUGAGUUUUAAAGACAGGUGCUGGACAAUUAUUGGGCCACCUAAUUCAGAGUCUGCCUCCCUCGGAGACAGCCUUACGUAUGGUUACUGUUUGAUAAUCGUUGCUCAGUCGGUCCGAUCUGAAGAAGAUGAUGCGGUGGGCAACAACUGCUGCUUGUUACGGCAGCCGCAGACUCAGAGCCAGAGAGAGGCUGAUGCUGUCGGGAUUCUGAAUAAAAUGAUGGAGAGUGGUAACUGGAAGCCCACUGUGGUUACUUUUGGCAUACUAGUCAAGGGACUUUGCAUGAAAGGUAACUACAUUGGAGCUAUCCAAUUGCUUAAGAAGAUGGAAGAAGGGGGGUGCAAGCCUGACGUAGUUAUUUAUAGCACGAUCAUUCACAGUCUUUGCAAGGAUACUUUAAUUGUUGAUGCAUUGAACCUCUUCUCCGAAAUGACAAGUAAAGGAAUUGCUCAAGAUGUCAUUACUUAUAACUGUUUGAUUCAUGGAGUUUGCAAAUUAGGGGAGUGGAAAGAAUCUAUAAGAUUGUUGAAUGAAAUGGUGAGUAAAGGUAUAUUUCCAAAUGUGCGCACCUUCAAUGUUUUGAUUGAUACAGUUUGUAAAGAGGGAAUGAUCCAAAAAGCAAGGAGCGUGGUCGAAAUGAUGAUUCAAAGAGAUAUUGAACCUGAUACAGUUACUUAA